CACGCCCGCCGCAGGCCGAGGGCCAGUCACCCGCGGGCCUGCGCCCCGCCGGGCCUCCGCGCCCCGCCCCUGGGCCGCCGCGGGACGAGUAACGGUUACGAAGCACUUUCUCGGCUUCGGUUUCUGCUUAGUCAUUGUCUUCCAGGAAACAGCUCCUUCCUGGCGGCGGUGGCCGCCGAAGCCGCAGCGGCCGUCCGCGCCAGCGCCUCCCUCCGGGACCGCCUCUCGGUCGCCGCCCGGCCUCCUCGGGCCCGAGCGCACACACCGGGCUUUGGCCGCGCGGAGUCGGCAGCCUCGCGCUCGCCUCUCGGGCCUGGGACACCGCGCCCUGCGUGGCCGCCGUCUUCCAAGCCCGCCCCCUGCGCGGCUUCGCCGCUCUCCGGUCUCCUCCACAACCCCCUUCAAGGCGGCAGCUGCCAUGGGCACCGACAGCCGCGCGGCCGGGGCGCUGCUGGCGCGGGCCAGCACUCUGCACCUGCAGACGGGGAACCUGCUCAACUGGGGCCGCCUGCGGAAAAAGUGCCCGUCCACGCACAGCGAGGAGCUUCGAGACUGUAUCCAAAAGACCUUGAAUGAGUGGAGUUCCCAAAUCAGCCCCGAUUUGAUCCGGGAGUUUCCAGAUGUCUUGGAAUGCACCGUGUCCCACGCAGUUGAGAAGAUAAACCCUGAUGAAAGAGAAGAAAUGAAAGUGUCUGCAAAGCUGUUCAUUGUAGGAUCAAAUUCUUCAUCAUCAACUAGAAGUGCUGUUGACAUGGCGUGCUCAGUCCUUGGAGUUGCGCAGCUGGACUCUGUCAUCAUUGCUUCGCCUCCCAUUGAAGAUGGAGUGAACCUUUCCUUGGAGCAUCUGCAGCCUUACUGGGAGGAGCUAGAAAACUUAGUACAGAGCAAGAAAAUUGUUGCUAUCGGCACCUCUGAUCUCGACAAAACACAGCUGGAGCAGCUGUACCAGUGGGCACAGGUAAAACCAAAUAGUAAUCAAGUUAAUCUUGCCUCCUGCUGUGUGAUGCCACCAGAUUUGACAGCAUUUGCUAAACAGUUUGACAUACAGCUACUGACUCAUAAUGACCCAAAAGAACUGCUUUCUGAGGCGAGUUUCCAAGAAGCUCUUCAGGAAAGCAUCCCCGACAUCGAAGCCCAGGAGUGGGUGCCAUUGUGGCUGCUGAGAUACUCCGUCAUUGUGAAAAGCAGAGGAAUUAUCAAGUCAAAAGGCUACAUUUUGCAAGCCAAAAGAAGGGGUUCUUAACUACAACUCAAGCUCAAAACUUACUGACCUGUAUUUAUCUCAGACAUAAGAUAAAAAAUUCGUAAGAGAAAAUUGAGAUGUGUAAAAAAUCUAGCUCUUGCCUAUAACAGGUGUCGUUGAGGCAUUAUCUUCAGUUGUCUGGCAGUGUGUUGUCGAGGUUUGAAUACUUCUGCCUUUGCCUCAGCACUCACGGGAACCACUGUAUUGUUUUCAUUAAACUAUUGUUUUCUAACUGAAAUUGUCUAUAAAGAAAGUACUUGCAAUAUAUUUCCUUUAUUUUUAUGAGUAAUAGAAAUCAAGAAAAUUUGUUUUUAGAUAUAUUUUGGCUUGGGCAUCAGGGUGAUAUAUAUAUAUACAUAUUUUUUAUUUCCAAGAUUCAUUAAUUGCUUCUUACUCUAUACUCUAUAACUAAGCAAUUAAAUUACAGUUGUUAAACUAGAUACUGGAAGAUAUUUUUUCCUGUCAUUGGCAAAAUAAUCUAUCUCAGAGUAACUACAGCAGCUGCGAUCGACUAGUAAUGUAAAUAAAAUCCAUUCUCUGGCCCUUGAACGGAAAGUUAAUCCUGUGUGUUCUCACUCACAGCUCAUCUGUGGUUUGACCGUGUGCUCUGUGUCAUGUUCCUUAGACCUGUUAUUUACAAAGGCAAGCCAAAGUGAAUCUGAGAAAGGCUUGAUGCUUUAGCACUAUUGUUGGGGAGUUUAGAAAAAGAACCACUGUCAUCUUCAGAUUCUUUGGGGCUCUUAAUGCAUUCUUGCUGUGUUGCUGCACAUUCAGGAGCGUUCACUAGUUCCAUUGUACUCGGCACUGUGGCCCUGGGGAGACGAUGUGAGUCAGCUAAGUGAAACGUGUUGUCUGUACCUAUUAAUUACUGACGCGGAGAGAAUAAAGCCAGGAAAGACUGAGGGGAGUCAUUCAGUUUAAUUUCAUACUAGUGUAAAAACUGAAAGUUUGCAAAGAAGCCAUGCUGCUUACCUGUAGCACACCAAAGGGUCUUAGGCUACAAAUCUGUGCUUGUUACCCAGUCUUGGUUUUUCUUUAAAAGAGAUCUUGAAUCUCAGUAUUCUUAAAACAUAGGCCUUGUAAAACAUUUUGCUCAGAGAUUUUGAACUUAAAACUAUUGUCUAUGUUAAGUCAACACAGUAGACCUUUAUCCUAAGUAAGUCUUUAUGGUAACUGGAUGACUUUCUCAAUUAGAAUUAUGUGAAACUAGCUGAGUUGCCUGCUAAAACUUACAUAGAAUUCAAACUAAAAGCCUAUAAUCACACUGAUUGUACAUAAUACUAAAUAUACAGGUAACUUAAAUUUGGAAAUGUAUGUGUUUUCAUAUGGCAUAAGUCUCAUUUAUAAUGUUGUAAGCGGAAGUUGCUCUUUUGUUCCCGGCUGCCCAGACCCAAAUAAUCACACAAUUACAACUGUAUUAAUUACAACACUGGUCAAUAGCUUAGGCGUAUUCCUAGAUAGCUCUUAUAUCUUAAAUUAACCCAUUUCUAUUAAUAUGUGUAUUAUCACAAGGCUGUGGCCUAUCACUAAGGUUCUGGCAUCUGUCUCCUUUGGCAGCUACAUGGCAACUCCCUGACUCUGCCUACUCUAUAUCUCUGUUCAUAUUUCCUGCCUGCCUUUACUCUGCUAAGCCAUUGGCCCAACCAGUUUUAUUCAUCAACCAAUAAAAGCAACAUAUAUACAGAAGGACAUCCCACAACAUGUUGUAUUUUAAGUCUGUGCAGUGAGUUGACCGAACUACUCUGAGGGGAACUUGGUAUCACCUUUAUUGUUUUUAAAACCUGGAUUUUUGAAGAGUUUCUUUGACAAUGUGAGAAAACUUUCUUUGCUGAUGUAUCCAGAUGUUAGCCAGAGCUUGUUUGUGGUCUUCUGUUCUACUCCCAACAGGAAAUAAAGCACAAAUUAUGGGUUCACUUUGUGAAGGGAUCAUGUGCAGGAGAAAAUAUUUAUAGAUGGAAUUGUUACAUGAUUCCGGUGUUCUUUUGUACCAGGCUUUUUCUUUUGGUUCACCAGCCACCUCCCAAAUCAUGACCUGGAGACUUACUAUUAGUUUUGAAUGCUCAACCUAGCUUAGGCACAUUUUGGCUAGCUAUUUUAACUUAAAUUAACCUGUUUCUUUUUAUCUACCUUUUUGCCUCGUGGCUUAUUACCUUGCUUCUGUAUAUCUUAUUUUCUCUAUGUCUGACUGGCAUCUGCCUGACUUCGUGUCCUGGCCGUGCCCCUUGUUCUCUCCUCUUUUCAUUCUUCCUCUUGAGCCUAGAUUUCUCCUCCUAUUUAUUCUGUCUCCCUGGAGCCCCGCCUGUCCUUUCUCCUUCCUGGCUAUUAGCCGUUCACCUUUUUAUUAGACCAGUCAGGUGCCUUAUGCAGGCAAGAAACAAAAGCAAUACAUCAAAUAAUUAAACAAAUGCAGCAUAAUCAAAGGAACACACCUUUAUGCAGUUAAAGUAAUAUUCCACAGCAUAAACAUAUGUAACACAUCUUUGCCCAGGUAAAAUAUUCCACAACAUUCAUUUACUCUAAAUCCUUAAGUUAUUGGAUAACCUUUAAAAAUGAGUCUUCUGGGGGCUGAAGAGAUGGCUCAGUGGCUAAGAGCAUUUGCUGCUCUUGCAGAAGAUCCAGGUUCAGGUUCCAGCACCAACAAGGUGACUCACAAACAUCUGUAACCCCAAUUUCAGGAGAUCCAGUGUUCUCUUCUGACCUGGAGGCACCAGUCACACACAUGGUACACACAAAUCUCAAAAUACUCCCCAAAUAGCUGCUAAAAAUGAAAAGCUGUUAUCAGUAGUGUGUACAGAUAUAUUUGAAUGCAGUGACCCAAGGUAGAAAGAUUUUGCAUAUAAUUUCUUAUAAAGUAAACACAAAGAUUUUUACCUAUUACAUUUCCAAAAUCAACAGGUGCCCUUUUCAGCAGCAGUCUUUUACGUGGGGUUUAUUCCAUGAGAUUACCUUAAAUUUCCAUCCAGGAGACUCUAGACACCGAAGGACCAAGGUCUCUUAUAAGUUAGAUUAAUGUGCUAUAUAUUCUAAAGACCUUUUUCGGCUUUUUUGAGACAGUAUCUUUGUAGUCCUGGUUGUCCUGGGGCUUGCUAAAUAGGCCAGGUUGGUCUCAAACUCAAAAGAGAUUUGCCUGCCUCUGCUUCUCCGAAGUGCUGGGACUAAAGGUGUGUGCCACCAUGCCCUGCCCCUGAAGACCAUAUAGAUGCUAGAAUACUGAUACAGUAUCCUUUUAAAGGGACCAGUGAUGGAAUGUGAGUCACAAGUAGCUAAUAGAGUUUCAGUUCUGAAGAAUGAUCAUCUGGACAUGUGAGCUGUAUGCUUUGUUUUUGUUGUGUCAAUGGUGGGACCAUCUUGGACCUAAAGCAUUGAACUAUUUGAAUUUAAACAGCAUGAUUUGAAAAUAAAUUAUUUAAAAAUAUAUAAAUGUAGGAUGAAAACCUAAGUUAUUCUGUAUUGCACAAGCAGUUCAGGUUUUCUGUGAAAACCAUAAAGCUAUUUUGUCUAUUUUGCAUGAAUAGAUCCUACUUUCCUAUGCCAGGACCAAGCAGUAACCAAAAUUAGGAUCUUGCUUUUGAGGGACAAAAGUUGUAAGGCUCAUCUUAAUUAUGUCUAUCUAAGUGUUUCCUCCUAGGUCAUCCGGCAAGUACUCUGAUCUCUGAGAUAUAAGCCCCCAGUCACUGGUGUAUGUGGGCAGCUGGCAGCUCAUCCUUCUGCCAGAUGUGUGGAGAGAGAAUGGUGAAGUUUUUCAAAGAAUUUAAAUCAUUUGUGCAGUCUGUGUUCUUAUACUCAAGCACACCAGCUUUUGAUUCUAAACUUAUUUUUCCAACCCUAAUGUCCAAUGUUCCAAAAUUAAUUACCUCUCUUUUCAUCAGAAAAUUGAUGAAGGAAUAUGUCAGAGUUUGACUUUUCUCAAAAAUAUGUAUCAAUACUUUUAUAGUUUUUGGAUUGAAGGAAACGGAAAAUGGAAAUAACUAUUAUGCACCUGUAGUGUACUAAAGCAAAUAUAAGGCAUUGUUAAAGAUAAUUUUUAUUUUGUUUAUAUUAAUGUGAGUUUUAUGUUUUUUAUUUGAGUUGUUUGAAAAUGGGAACAUCUGAAAACAUCACAUUGAUUUUUGAACCAUUUGAAUUCCAACAGUAUGAUUUGAAAAUAAAUUGUGAAUUACUUGAAAAAGA